AUGCCGAGCGCAACAAGCAGCGGCCCAUCCGAUCAGGACGGCCCCAUGGCCAAGCCAAAGUCGGCCCAGUUAGAGGCCCACUUGGAGAGAGCCCAGUUAGAGGCAGCCCAGCUGGAAGAGAGAGGUUCGGGGGAGAGAGGUCCAGGCCUAGACGAGAAGAGUGGAGGCAGAGAUAUUCGGGGAAGUAAGGCAGGACGGACGGAAGGUGGCAGAGAGUACUCCAAAAAAAGCGUCUGGAGUUUUGCCGCGAGUCCACUGCACCUGUCCUUCAAGCACAAGGAAGGUAGACGCGUCCCGCAGAACUCCAAGACGGAGUCGGGGCCCAAGUCGUAUAACGGUCGAGUCGAAACGGUCGACGAACGUGAGGCCUGGGCCCGCGAUGCCGCCAGCCACUCCUUCCUCGCAGAGUUGGUCGCAAUGCGAGCUGAAGACCCUGCCGACCUCGAGGACUCCGACCGUUACGUCCACCAUACCGGCAAUAGUCUUGAAGACGUCCGAUUGGACGACGUCCGAUUGGACGACGUCCGACUGGAGGGUAGUCUGGACGAUGCCCGGUUGGAGGGUAGUCUGGAUGACGUCAGACUGGAGGGUAGUGUGGUCGAAGCCCGACUGGACGUCGCCCACCAGGACCACGACGCCCACGGGGACGACCCCCAUAGGGACGACCCUCAUAGGGACGACCCCCAUAGGGACGCCCCCCACAGGGACUGCCCCCACAGGGACUGCCCCCACAGGGACUGCCCCCACAGGGACGACACGGCCCAUCUGCAAGACGCCGCCCAUCUGGAGGGCGGUCGACGGCUGAAGAACUGUGUGGGGCUACAGACUGAUUCCCGUCAGCGAUGGCCGUCAUUGACCGACCAGACCGAGUUAAGUGUUCUCCCGCCGACAGGACCUCUGCGGGUCGGCUCACUUCCUGCGGGAUCUCUGCGCGGUAAAUACCGAGGGGGGCAGCCAUUAGGACAGCCAACGGGACCUUCGACUCGCGGUUGGUCUGCGAGGAAUUUGUUGAGUCGUGGCCUCCCGCAUUCGGAAAGUGGGCUGCCUUCGGCGUUGGGUCGCUCGGCUGAGGGGCGUUCGGGUGAGGGUCGUUCGGUGUCUGUGUUCGACGUGCGAUCAGCGGGUAUGUACGACGCGCAUUUCCGCACGUUCGCGGACAAGUACGUGCCCAGCCGGUCCGAGCCGCCGUCGAGCGAGUUCGCCGAACCCAUUUCGUGUACGAGCAAACGCGUUAUGGCCGGUGGCACGGCUUCGCUAGAAGCGGCAUUACGACGCGACCGCUUGGUGCCGGCCGGCUCCGUUCAAUUUGCGUCCGGUGAUCAAGGUCGGAUCAAGGACCAAGAGCGUAACAAGGACCAAGGUCGUAACAAGGACCAAGGUCGGACCUUGGACCAAGGUCGGAACAAGGACCCAGGUCGUAACAAGGACCAAGGUCGGACAAAGGAAGAGGCUUUGUUGAGCCGCGAGGAGCUGCUGAGCCGGGACGACUUAGUGGGCCGGGACGACCUAGUGAGCCGGGACGACUUAGUGAGCCGCGACGACCUAAUUAGCCGCGAAGACUCGAAGGCUACGUGCGAAGCGUCGACGACGGGCGACCGCCUACCCGCGCAGACCGUGCCCAACGUGGUCCCCCCGGCCCCCUCCGGCGUGCAAGUCGAGACCGGUGCCGCGACCACAGCCCCGAGCAUUGGUCACCCUUCGGCGGCCGCGGCUCCGGCUCCGGGUUCGGCGGGAUCAGGGAAGCAGUCGUUCCUGGAGCGGGGCGACUUGCCGUUACGACCUGGGUGGGCGCGCGAGGCUUUGGCAGCAGGGGAGGUGAAGAGUGGCGAGAUGAAGAGUCGCGGGCCGGCGGACAGACGGAGUCAAGUAUGGCGGCGUGAAGAAGCGUUUUACUGUACAAGUCGAGGUAUGAUUCCGGGAACGUUAACCUUCACACAGGCAGUAGUAACAUUUGAGCCGCACGUGCGCGAUUCAGACUUCCAAUGUAUCAUUGCUAUUGCGGAUAUGUGCGAAGUUGCCUGUAUCGUCGUUCCCAAAACGACCGCCGUGGAACAUUUAUUCAAUCUCCCUCACGGCUCCGAGGCGCUGCAGCCGGUUUGGGCUAAGAACCGCGCACAGCGAUUCGCCGCCGGCGAGAAUCCUAACCCAAGUCUAGCUCUUAUACAGGUCCUUCUCCGCCAGAAGAAACGCAAACCAAGUCACCAUGAGCCGGCGGACUGUGCGCCUGCCAACCGGGAACCCGCGGCAACGAUCAGUAAUGGUGGCGGGGCAAGAGAAGCUGUUCCUGGAAGUGGAUCUGGAAGUGGAAACGCCUCUGGCGGGACGGAGUUGGUAACCGAGAGCCCGUUGGGGCACCGCGACCCGGCCGAGAUUCGGACCUGGUGUCGACGCGAUAGUGCCCACCGCGUAGGGGACCUACACCCGCUACAAAAACGAGUGGGCAGCAAAGAUACCACGCCAGCCUCCACGACGUAUCUAGAGGACUUCUCCAGCCUGCAUAAACAUCAGCCACCACCACUUCCGAAACAUUUCAUUCUUUUCCGCGUUGGAAACUGCACCGUCGCUCGAGACAUCACGCGCACGCUCCUCAACUUGGUCCGGCAAACCAACGACGGCGCCAGCCACUUCACCUACGUACCCUACUACUCCCGUAAGC